GGCUCCCGGCGCGCGGCGGUAGGGUCGCCUCCGGCAAAGCGAGCUGAACCCUGAGGAGAGCCGCUGACCAGCAGCAUGGAGGACCCCGCGGCGCCUGGGACCGGGGGCCCGCCCGCAAAUGGCAAUGGCAACGGCGGCGGCAAAGGGAAGCAGGCGGCGCCCAAGGGCCGCGAAGCGUUCCGAAGCCAGCGGCGGGAGUCAGAGGGCUCUGUGGACUGUCCCACUCUGGAGUUUGAGUAUGGAGAUGCAGAUGGGCAUGCAGCAGAGUUGUCAGAAUUGUAUAGUUACACUGAGAACCUGGAAUUCACCAAUAACAGGAGGUGCUUUGAAGAAGAUUUCAAGACUCAAGUGCAGGGCAAGGAAUGGCUGGAGUUGGAAGAAGAUGCCCAAAAGGCCUAUAUAAUGGGACUCUUGGACCGGCUAGAGGUGGUCAGUAGGGAACAGCGGCUGAAGGUGGCCCGGGCUGUUCUCUACCUGGCCCAAGGUACUUUUGGGGAAUGUGAUUCAGAGGUCGAUGUGCUACACUGGUCCAGGUACAACUGCUUCCUGCUGUAUCAGAUGGGGACCUUCUCCACCUUCCUGGAGCUACUCCACAUGGAAAUUGACAACAGCCAGGCCUGUAGCAGUGCCCUUCGGAAACCAGCUGUCUCCAUAGCUGAUAGCACAGAGCUCAGGGUGCUGCUGAGUGUUAUGUACCUAAUGGUGGAAAAUAUUCGCCUGGAGCGAGAGACAGACCCCUGUGGGUGGAGAACAGCCCGGGAGACCUUCCGCACUGAAUUAAGCUUCUCCAUGCAUAAUGAGGAGCCUUUUGCCCUUUUACUCUUCUCCAUGGUUACCAAGUUCUGCAGUGGCCUGGCUCCUCACUUCCCCAUAAAGAAGGUCCUGCUCCUGCUCUGGAAGGUGGUCAUGUUUACCCUCGGUGGAUUUGAGCAUCUGCAGACUCUCAAAGUACAGAAGCGGGCAGAAUUGGGCCUGCCUCCACUGGCUGAAGACAGUAUCCAGGUGGUGAAGAGCAUGCGUGCUGCCUCCCCGCCCUCUUACACUCUUGACCUGGGAGAGUCUCAGCUGGCACCCCCACCCUCCAAGCUGCGAGGCCGCCGUGGCUCUCGAAGGCAACUCCUUACUAAGCAGGACAGCCUGGACAUCUACAAUGAAAGGGAUCUCUUCAAGACUGAGGAGCCUGCCACAGAGGAGGAAGAGGAGUCUGCUGGUGAUGGAGAACGAGCCUUGGAUGGAGAGCUAGACCUGCUAGAGCAGGACCCUCUGGUGCCACCUCCACCAUCACAGGCACCCCUCUCUGCUGAGCGGGUGGCUUUUCCCAAGGGCCUGCCCUGGGCCCCAAAGGUCAGACAGAAGGACAUUGAGCACUUCUUGGAGAUGAGCAGGAACAAGUUCAUCGGAUUCACCCUGGGGCAGGACACAGAUACAUUGGUUGGAUUACCCAGGCCCAUCCAUGAGAGUGUGAAGACCCUAAAGCAGCACAAGUAUAUCUCCAUCGCAGAUGUGCAGAUCAAGAAUGAAGAGGAGCUGGAGAAGUGCCCUAUGUCUUUGGGGGAAGAGGUGGUACCAGAGACGCCAUGUGAAAUCCUCUACCAGGGAAUGCUGUACAGCCUUCCGCAGUAUAUGAUCGCUCUGCUUAAGAUUCUGCUGGCUGCAGCUCCCACCUCCAAGGCUAAGACAGACUCUAUCAAUAUCCUGGCAGAUGUCCUACCUGAGGAGAUGCCCAUCACUGUUCUCCAGAGCAUGAAGCUGGGCAUCGAUGUGAACAGGCACAAGGAGAUUAUUGUAAAGAGUAUCUCUACCCUGCUUCUGCUACUCCUCAAACACUUCAAACUCAACCAUAUCUACCAGUUUGAAUAUGUAUCGCAACAUUUGGUAUUUGCCAACUGCAUCCCCUUGAUCCUGAAGUUCUUCAAUCAAAAUAUCUUGUCAUACAUCACUGCCAAAAACAGCAUCUCAGUCCUGGAUUAUCCUUGCUGUACCAUCCAGGAUUUGCCGGAGCUUACUACUGAAAGUCUGGAAGCUGGAGACAACAGCCAGUUCUGCUGGAGGAACCUCUUUUCCUGCAUCAACCUCCUGAGGCUGCUCAAUAAACUGACCAAAUGGAAACAUUCCCGGACCAUGAUGCUGGUAGUGUUUAAAUCGGCACCAAUCUUAAAGCGGGCCCUCAAGGUCAAACAGGCCAUGCUGCAACUUUAUGUCCUAAAGCUACUAAAGUUACAGACCAAGUACCUGGGGCGCCAGUGGAGGAAAAGCAACAUGAAAACCAUGUCAGCCAUUUACCAGAAAGUGCGUCACCGCAUGAACGAUGACUGGGCUUACGGGAAUGACAUCGAUGCCAGACCAUGGGACUUCCAAGCAGAAGAAUGUACCUUGAGGGCCAACAUUGAGGCUUUUAACAGCCGUCGCUAUGACAGACCCCAGGACUCUGAGUUUUCACCUGUGGAUAACUGCUUGCAGAGCGUACUGGGGCAGAGGCUGGAUCUGCCUGAAGAUUUCCACUAUUCAUAUGAGCUCUGGCUCGAGAGAGAGGUGUUUUCACAGCCCAUCUGUUGGGAGGAGCUGCUCCAGAAUCACUGACUAAGUUCUUGUCAACAAGCAUCAAUAGAUAGAGGUCAGCUCCAAUAAACGGUGCUCUGCCUACCCUGUCCAUACAGGCGCUGUUACCAGUUCAGGGCUCUUCUGGGGGCUCUUGGGCCUAAAGAUGGUGCAAGGGUGGGAUCCUGAAUCACAACAAAAUGAUCAACUUGCCCUGGGGUCAGUUGGGUGCCCAGUUGGCCUUGGAAAUCUUUUGGUGGAUCAAUUCUAGACAAGCUCUUUGGUAGGACCUUUUCCUGCUUUAGUCUUGGCUACAACCAGGCUAGACUUUGCUGGCUCUAAAAGAGGAAAUUUGUUAUGGCAUUUGACCCAUGGCAUUCAUCACAGAUAGUGGGAGGUACAAGUCAUAAAAUAGGGAGAAAGUUUUCUUCUUGCUCACGCUGGAUUCCUAGGACUUAUCAGAGAUUUGGAAAAACCAACUUUGAAAUUAAGUUUGCAUUUUAAAUUUCAAAUUUGGACAGUCUCUUUCUGAAAUCAUUAGCUCUAAGAUUAUUUUAGAGCACCUGCACCUUCUUUGUGAAGGAUGAUGAUUUACUAUUCCGUCAAUACUGCAUGUUAUCGAAAAGUGUGUUGUGUAAAGUGUUUUUUUCCUCAUUCUGUAAGAGAUCUAUAUUCAAUGUGAAAAUUAUUUCCUUGUGUACUCUGUAUAGGGCAUGGAAUGCUCUGCCAUUUUUAAAGAGCCACAACCAAUAUGAAAUAAUCAGGUCCUCUCUAAGGAUGUUUCAUGUUUUUCUUAAAUGACUCCAGUCUUCAAAUGGCUGAGCAUACUGCAGAAAAUUAUCCUUUUCAUCUAAUUCAUUUUUUAAAUGACAAGUUAACUACAGGAGGCUUUAUUUAUUCAGAUGGUAUGUCCACUUAUGGUCAUGAUCAAUAUAUUUUUCUAAUUGAAAAGAAAAGUAAAAGCAUCACAGCUUACCAUUUUUCUUUUUCUCCAAUGUUGAUUAAUGAUUUUUUUCCCAUUUAUUGCUAGCAGUUUCAAAGUGUCAUGUGGAGAUUUAGCAAUACCGUCUCUACCUAAAAGUAUUGCACAUUUCAUUGAAAAUGUGAGAGUUGAUAUACCAGCCUCUUUAUAUUUCUCUUUUACAGCAGAAUCACAUACUUCUCAAGAUAAACAAGGUUUUUAAAAAAGUUUCUGUUUUAGUUAGGAUCAUAUGCUUUUUAUUUUUUUUUAUUUUUAUUUUUUGAGACAGAGUUUCGCUCUUGUUGCCCAAGCUGGAGUGUAAUGGCACGAUCUCGGCUCACUGCAACCUCCGCCUCCCGGGUUCAAGCGAUUCUCCUGCCUCAGCCUCCCAAGGAGCUGGGAUUACAGGCCCGCACCACCAUGCCUGGCUAUUUUUUUGUAUUUUUAGUAGAAACAGGGUUUCACCAUGUUAGCCAGGCUGACCUCAAACUCCUGACCUCAGGUGAUCCGCCCGCCUCCGCCUCCCAGGGUGCUGGGAUUACAGGUGUGAGCCACCAUGCCCAGCCUCUUCAAGCUUUUUUACUAUACAUGUUGCCCCUCUCCCCCAACUUAGGCACUACUGAAUUUUUUAUGAUGGCACCAGGUCACUUUAUGCUGGGUGAUAUAGUCAAAAUUUGCUUAUUUACUCUGCCCCUUGUCAACCACAGUAUCAUUUGGAGGACGUGAAUAAAAUACUUGACAGUAUCCAAAGGAGCUAUACCAAAAUCUAACAAGUAAAUUUUGGAUUUUGCCUCUUUGUGCUUUAAAGUACCAGGAUUUCUGUCUUCUAUGGAUAGGUCUUGGAGAAUGUAAGUAAUGGAUGAAACUUUUUAAAAUAAUUUGUAAAUUUUACCUAAGUAGGACAGUAGUCCUUAUUGCAAUCAAAAUAAUUUACUGAGCACAACUCCUGUAAAUUAAUCUACAGUCAGGCUAGUAUGAUUUUAAUAUGAUUUGAGUAAAAAGAUAAUUUUCAAGGAAAGAGUAAUCAUCCAUCAAUUUAUUAUAAAGCCAGAUAGUAUUCAAUUUAUGUCAAGAACAAAGAAAUUGCCCUUUUAAAAGCAUGUACAUGAAUGCUUUUUGAGGCACAGAAGUAUGCUAAGCUUUAACAUUUUGUAUUUAUUUACAACCCUUUUCUAAGGGAAGGUUACUUCUCAGUGCAGAUGGAGAAACUGAAGCACUAAGGAUAAAUGAUUAGUUUCCAAUCACAUCAUUUUUUCCACAGACUUGCUGGGACUAGCUUUCAGGUAUUGACAGCCAGCCCCAUAUAUUAAGGUAACCAGGUUGAAUCUUCCAAUUUGAGAACCCAUGUAUGGGUUGCAGUGAGCCGAGAUCAUGCCACUGCACUCCAUCCUGGGCAACAAGAACGAAACUCCAUCUCAAAAACAAAGAAGGAUAUAAUAAAGUUAAUAUAUAAACCAUGUAUGUGGUUAGGAAUAAAUUCAAAUUCACCAGUCUCCAAUGGUGAUUACUUUUACUACAUAGAAAAACAUUUCAAUGACUUACAGAGGAUUUUUAUUUGUGAAUAUUUCAGUAAAGUUUGUGUUGAUUGUUGAUAACACUGUUCAUCUACUGAAGCACUUUAAUAAAAAUAAAAUGAGCUGGAAUUAGAAA